GGGCGUGAGCCUGGGCGCAACCUGGCCUCUCCGAUGUUCGCAGUUGAUAAGGCGCAUAACUUAAGGCGUAGGGCGCUGCAGUUAUAUGAUAAGAGCGAAAUUAUGCAAAUGCUGCGUGGUGGCUCGGAUCACGACAGCAUGGCGCACGAAAUGAGAUCGGAACCCGCGAUGGAAUGGAUCGUCCUUAUUCCCGAUAUCGAAGGCUCAUUAGAGACGCGGAUGAGAGUGCGAGAAACACAUAUUAAGGAUAUGCUUCGGCAUAUCGACUCUGGUUUAUUCCAAAUGGGCGGGGGCACUUUGGCUGGAAAUACAGUUGACGGUAGCGCCAUUAUUGCCCGCGCCAAAUCUGAAGCAGACAUCAUGUCUGUUCUCAAGACUGACAUUUAUGCUCGAAGCGGAGUUUGGAACCUAGAAAAGAUCAAAUUUAUUCCUUUCAAGUGCGUGUAUCGACGGGAGCAUAUUGAUAAUGCUGUCAUGGGCGCUGGAUGGAAGUUCUGAAGCGGGGUUACUAGCUCUAGAUUAAUAAUUCAGCGUACUUAUAUAUGGAUCAUGUCCACUAAUUCACA